UCCUGUGUAGGUGAUUGGCCAUCCCAAGUACCAAGGAUCCAAAAGAAUUGCAAUCUUUCUGAGCAUGCCAGAUGAAAUCCAGACAGAAGAAAUCAUUAAGGAUAUUUUCAAGCAAGGCAAAGAGUGUUUCAUCCCACGUUACAAGCCUCACAGCAAUCACAUGGACAUGCUGAAGUUAUCAUCAGCUGAAGACAUUUCUUCACUUGCUUUGACAUCCUGGAACAUCCUUCAGCCAAGUGAUGAUGACACUGCAAGAGAGGAGGCUCUUGCUGGCGGGGGUCUUGACCUUAUCUUCAUGCCAGGCCUUGGGUUUGACAAAAAAGGCAACAGAUUGGGAAGAGGGAAAGGAUAUUAUGAUACAUAUCUUGAAAGGUGUAUGAAACAUCCCAGUGGAAAGCCUUACACGAUCGCCUUGGCUUUUAGGGAACAGAUCUGUGAAUCAGUACCUGUGGCAGAAAAUGAUGUCCAAGUAGAUGAAAUCCUCUAUGAAGACUGCUGAAAGUAUCUUGAUGCCAACCCACCUUCAGAGUGACCAACCAAAGACGUCAGAUCCAUCAAUCAUGACUUUUUAAUCGUCAUAUAUGACUUCGGGAGCAAUAAAAUACACUACUUGUGUUUGAAUGAAAAGGAAAAAAAACAGUGUAAAUGUGGUAAUAGUAGUGAAGAUUGCAUUGAUUUGCUUCUGAUUAGCAAAUAUCUGUGUGAAUUCUUAUCCUAGAAUCAAUAGAAGCAAGAAUGUAUGGCUGUUACAGCAAGGACCAUUUCUUAUCAUCAUACUUUUGCGGAACGAGCUACUUGAUAUUUAACAGUUUUAUUAUUCCAAUG